UUGACUUGUCAAAAAAUAACUUGAGUGGCAUGCUUCCCCAGUGUCUCGGAAAUUUCAGUGAUGGUCUAAUCCUUUUACUUCUUGGAAACAACUCCUUUCAUGGCAUGAUGCCUCAAUCAUACACCAAUGGAAGCAGUUUAAGGAUGAUUGAUGUUAGUCAUAACCAAUUGCAGGGGCAAUUACCGAGGUCAUUGGCGAAUUGUGUGAUGCUUGAGUAUCUGGUUCUGUCAAAUAAUCAAUUCAGUGAUGUGUUUCCCAUUUGGUUAGGGACUCUCCCAGAGUUAAAACUUUUGGCAAUGCGCCAUAAUCGCUUCAAAGGUGUAAUAGGACAGUCUAGAACAAGUGUUGACUUCCCCAAGUUACGCAUUCUUGAUUUGUCUUACAACAAUUUCACCGGUGAGAUUCCACCUUUGUUUCCAGAUAUUACUGUAAACAAGUCAACAUAUAUGUCCAUAGACGUAGUCUAUCCAGUCGAUGGUUUUUAUAUUGUUCAGAGUGUUGCUUACACAAUCACAUUGGCAAUUAAAGGUUUGGAUCAAAACUAUUCAAGGAUUCUAGAAGGGUUUGCAGCCAUUGAUAUCUCAAGCAACAAAUUUGAAGGAAAGAUUCCAGAGUUCAUUGGGAACCUUACGGAGCUUCGCUCGCUGAAUAUUUCCAGCAACAUUCUCACUGGUUCUAUUCCAUCAUCCUUGGGGAACUUAAGGAAUCUUGAAUCGUUGGACCUUUCACGAAACAAGCUCUCAGGACUGAUCCCCCAACAGCUGACUAAGCUUACAUUCCUUGGGAGCUUUGAUGUGUCUCACAACAAUCUCACAGGUCCUAUACCGCAAGGUACCCAACUUCUUACAUUCAACAGCACUUCUUAUGAGGGAAACGCAGGAUUGUGUGGAGAUCCAUUACCAAAGAAAUGCGGAAAUCAAGAGGCCCCUCAACCGCCACCUUCAACUGAAGAAGACGGUGAUUCAGGCUCAGCUCAAACACUUGAAUUUGAUUUGAAAUUUUGUUUAGCUGGAAUUGGAAGUGGGUUUGUAGUGGGAGUGGUUCUCGCGGAUGUCGCCAUCACAAGAAGGCAGGAGUUGUUUCUUAAGAUUGUUGGAAUGGUGAGGCUAAUGAUACGGAAAGGGUAGAGUGGGGGAUGUAGAAGUAUAGUUUGUUAUAAAGUCAUGCAUUUGGAGUAGUACGUUUUUUCUUGUUUUUUUCUUCCUUCUCCUUCCAUGUAACCGUGCUCUAUCUUUGGAGUUGUCCUGUGGGUAGACUGGGGGAUGCAGAAGUAUAGUUUGUUAUAAGGUCAUGCAUUUGGAGUUGCUUUCUUGUUUUUCUUUCAUUCACGUAACCUUGCUCUGUCUUUCUAGUUGUACUCUUUGUGGUGGUUAUGCUAAUUAAUGCAAAUAAAGGUGUAUUUGGAUUUUCUGCAUUCAUAA